CCCGAGCCGGCCGGGCCGAGCCGAGCAGCGCCGCGCCGCCUCCGGGGGAGCCCCGCAAGCGCAACAGUUGCCCCCAAACCGCGGCGGCCGCGGCCGGGGGGAGCCCCUGGGGGAUCCCUGGGCACCGGGAGGAGCCGGCUCGGGGGGGCCGCGCCGAGAAGCCGCCGCCGCUUCGCCGAAGCAGCGCCGCUCGCAGCGCCCGGAGCCGCCCGGAGCCGCCCGGAUCCGGCGCUUCUGCCGCUGCCGGCGAUGGAGCGGAGCGCAGGGGCCGAGCCGCGGCUCCUCCCGGCCGGGCGCAGCCGCCCUGCCCUCCGCCUGCGGGAGCGGAGCCACCCCGGAGCCGGGCAGCGCCCGCCCUGCUGAGCCCCCCGGCCCCAUCCCGCACCCCCCGAACCGCCCGGGCAUCCUCGGAACCCCCCUUCGGCCAACCCUUUGUGCAUCCCCCGAACCCCUUUGUGCAUCCCCCACCCCUUUGUGCGCUCCCGGCCCUUCGCGCGUCCCCUCCGCCCUCCCGGCUCCCCCCGUGUCCCUCCCCCGUGUCCCCCGGAGCCGCCACCCCCCUCGCAUGCGGCCCCCGGGCUGCGGGAGCCGCUGGCCAUGGGCACGAAGCAGACCAAGGGCUGCCAGCCGGGCAGCGCCGGCGGGAGCCCCCCGGGCCACCACCGCAAGAAGGCGCCCCCCAGGGAAAGGGGGGAUUUYCUCGCUUCCCUGGUGGUGAAGUCCGGCGAGAAGUUCGGCAAGGGCGGCGGCGGCAGCCUGCCCCCUUACCACCGGCGGAUCUGCAUGAUCCAGGACAUGCUGCUGCUGGUCAAGCAGGGCAGGCAGGAGGAGGCCACCGAGCUGCUGAAGAACCUGCGGCAGGAUUUAGGGAUGGAAUCGACCUCCCUGGAUGAUGUCCUCUAUCGCUACGCCAGCUUCCGCAACCUGGUGGAUCCCAUCACCCAUGACCUGAUCAUCAGCCUGGCCAGAUACAUCCACUGCCCCAAGCCGGUAGGUGCCACGCUCUCCUCGUGGUUUAGCUCAGUUUGGGUUUUGGUUCUGGGGGGAUGGGACCAAGAAACCACAACAUUUUCAAUGCGUUGGCCGGGAAAGGGACUCAAACCCCAACAUUAUUGA